AUGUACCCGGAAGACUAUGAAGUAGUGACGGAUGUAGCGAGGGAUGUAGUGAGUGAGGGAUGGACUGAGGAUGGGACUGAGGGAUGCACUGAGGGAUGUAGUGAAGGGAUGGAUGAAGGGAUGAAUCCAUGGAUGAGCAUUUCAAAAAAGGAGGGAGUUGUUUCCCUUUUACACAUACGUGUCCAACCCCCUUGUUAUUGGUAUUGA